GCGGAGUCCUGCAGAUCACGCAAUAAGUCAGACUUAUUUUGUCCAUGCAUACGGGGAGAAUGAUGUUUUCGCUGCGAAAAGGCAAGCUGACACGCAGUACGCGUGGAUGCAGACGUGUAGGAAAAGACGGACUGCCGCACACACAGGUGGGUUCCUACACGACAAUCUCGUUUGCACUGUUCCUUUCUGUUUGAUCCAAGCGAGUAGUAUCUCCAAAUGAUCCCAUUUACUCUGCCUUCUCUGCUCAUCUGUCGUUUUCUGGGCUCCACAAGUGGGGACGCCAGCCGGAACGCGACAGAUUCCUUUCGAGGGUUCUGCAUUCAGUGGAUGCGACUGAGGACAUGUGCAUGCGCCGGAAGACAUCGCUAAACCGUUCGGUUUUCCGUCGUUGCGGUCUCUUCUCGAACACGUCAGCCAUAAGGAGGCUUCUUUAUGCCUCCAUAGAAAGCAAAAGUUGGUCGGUCGGGACGCUCAGCGCUUUGCUUUGAAGCUCGCAGCCAACUGGAGUCACUUGUCUCGUGAGUGGGUUUGUGCCACCCUGUCGGAACUCAGUUGGCCUGCAAAUCAUUCGUUUCCCUGCAUACGCGGGAAUUAUCCGGUUCACACUCUGCACACAUUUUCAGAUGCCCGUUUCCGCGUGUUGUUUCCUGCCUCCCACAUCGUCCCUUUUCCAGACUCGGAAGGCGAGACGGGGUGAAGUGUUCUCUUUGAAGCUGUGCAUAGUUUCCGUGGAGAACAAUCUCCUGCCGCUCUUAUUUCGCUGCCACUCCGUUGCCAAAAUUUACUUUAUGGAAGCCUGGCACUGCCUUGAAGCGGUCCCGUUCGCGUGCUCAGUAGGUUUUGCCUUAAGCCGAAGAAGGCUUCUCGUGAUCUUUUCCGCGGCAAAUUAUUGUGACCUUUCCCUCCUCAUCCUGCCCAGUCUGAUUGGUGUCCGGUCCUGGUCCCCCAUUCUCUCUUUUCCAUUGCUCCCCUCGCAUUUUGUACCCUGGAUCUGGAAAUUUUGCUCUCUGACGGCGACCCACGACGAUUUCUUCUCGAGUAUACACAAGUCACUUCCCUUUGACACCGCAGGUCUCCGUUUUCCUGCUCGGCUUGAUACCGUCUAAAUUUUCUAGGUGUGGUCGUUUUCUCGCGUCCACUCAGAAGCUUCGUCUUUUUUUAUCUCCUCCAUCCGCGCUGUCUGUGGACUUUGCGUUCCUUGGUCGAGGAGUUGCCAAAACGUAUGUUUGUUGUCACAUAGCCUUAGAGGCGAUAAAGCGGAAGCGACCUCUGACGCACCUACAGCCUCAGACGCUAAGGGUCAAGGAAGUUUCAACCGUGCUUCUCCUGUUCUGUUUCAGGUCGAACGUUUCUGCAUGAUGUGCCUUCAUGAUGGAGUCACCUGUCGUGCCUUCCCCCGUGGCCUCCUCUCCAGCUGUUCGAGCUUCUUCGGUGUCUUGCUCUUCGUCCUACGCAUCUCCAGAUUCUCCAUCGCCUGCUCCUCUCGCUUCUGACGUCCUGGUUGUCGGGACUGGCCUGUCGGCUUGUCUCUGCGCUGCGGCUCUCGCCCGGCGAGGGGCGCGGGUUGUUCAAGUCGAAGAGUCCGCGAACUACGGUGGCGCCUACCAGAGUUUGCGUCUGCACGAGUUGAUAGACUGGGCGUCUGCGGGAGAGGCGGAGCGUACCAAUGAAGACAGCAUGGAAGGUCCCGGCGUCGAGCUGCAGACGCCUGAACAGCCGCUCCUGGUCUUGGAGGAAAACACGGAAGAGAACGCGGUGUGUUUGUCGUGCCGCGUCGCUGCAGAGCGUCUGAAGGAGGAUCCGCCUAGACCAAAAGGGGAGUUAAACGUAGGCGCAUGCAGAACGGCGCCUCAGCGGGAGUGCCUGACGACGAACUACAUUGACAAAAGAGCCACGGAACCUUUCUUGUCUCCGGCGCAGUUCCAGCCCCGCGGAGCUCCCGGCGGGGGCUUUGGAAACUUUUUCUCUCGCCAGAUUUCCUUUUUUCCGUUCGCAAAAGACUUAAAGCUUUCACCAGGUGCACGGGCGCCGUGCCUCGCAUCUGGCUCAGACAUUCGAGGCGUGCGGACGCCGCCGGCGCCGCCUCGGUCGUCCAGCGGACACGGCGCGAAUGUGGGUGACCGAGCAAUCCCAGGAAGUACAGAGGCCGACGGAGACCGCGAUGCGUGGAGACGGCGAAUCCGGAACGAAUUGCUCAAACCGUCGACGAGCAACGGCUUCAACGUCGACUUGCUACCUCGAAUCCUAUACAGCAGCAGUCCGGUCGUUAACAUUCUCGUCGAGAGCGGAGCCGCUCGGUACCUCGAGUUCCGCCCUCUCGAAGCCCCUGUGUACGUCGCUGACCUCGAGCUCGACAAAGAGAACUUUGCACAGGAAACACAAGACGGGGAGCGCACGGACGCCACGCGGGGCGGUGACGGGGACGCCGCGGCAGGCGGGAGGACCGAAAAGAGGACCAGACCCUCCUGCACAGAGCAUCGAAGUUUUUCAGUGGAACCGCGUGAGGUCACGGGCCGUCAGGAUGGCUCUGAAUGCCACGAAGUGAAACGAAGAAAGACAGGAACAUCCGGCCUGGACGGCACUAGCAGGUUGUCUAGUCAGAAGAGCUCGAGCACGAAGCAAGUGUGUGCACCUCUGUCGGGUCGAGCAGGUACUCAGCAAGGAGAACACGACCGGCCUCCCCACUUGACCCUUGAGGCUGUUCCCUUGAGUCGCGGUUCCAUUUUCGGGAGUUCUCUCCUAACUCUUCGCGAGAAGCGUACGCUGAUGAAAUUCGUAUCUAGGGUCGCCACCCAGUUCCUCAGUCCACAGUUUUUGUCUGCCGCCCACUGCUGGGGAAGGAAGGAAAGUGCAGCCAAGAAAAACGACCGUGAAGCUGCGAGCCUCUCGGGAAGCCAUAGCAAAGACAUAGCGAGAGGAGUUCCAGCAGGUAGUGGCCUGCAGAUCGAGGCAGGAGGCAGUGAAGGCGAACAAAAUCGAAACUUCGAGGAUGAAGGUUCUCCGUUGCAUUGGGAAGCGUUUCUCCGCCAGCAUGAUUUAACAGACCGCCUUCAGCGCUAUGUCACGUUUGGCGUCUGCUUGUCUGAAUGUCCUUUCUUGGGAACCCCCGCAGCGGAAAAAAGUCCUUCAGUAGUAUCGUCGUCGACUCAGUCUGUGUCCGCUCUGUCCGGUGGAAAACCAUAUAUGACUGGCUCCUCCUUGCCCCACAUUGGAGAAGUGAACUCGCUCGGAAACAGUUUGGUGUGGACCGCCAGCGAGGGCGAAAGGCGCCUCGAACUGUUCGUGCAGAGCGUCGGCGCGUACAGUCGGCAAACUGCAUCCGACGGUGCUUGGCUGUAUCCUCUGUUUGGAACGUCGGACCUUCCCCAGGCCUUUGCUCGAGUUGCCUCGCUCAGCGAGGCGAUCUGUAUGCUGCGUGCAGGUAUUCAAGAAAUCAAACUUCUCCUCCGCACAGAUGACUCGGUGACAGAGGCGAGAGCUACCCAGCCUUCCGAGGCAUCUCCGCGAGGGCUAGGGAACACAGAACUGACAGCUCGCGAAGAAGGGGGGACAGAAAAACAGAGGAACCAACGAAAGAGAUCUCUCUCGCAGAAUGUGGCUGCUUUCGGUUACGACUUUUGUGAGGUAGCGAGGGAAAAGGGGAAGGUGCUAGAGGUGAAACUAACCAAUGGAGAGACGGUGAGAACGCGCCUAAUCUUGUUCGAGUCCGAGAGUCUUCCUCCACUUGACACUCCGGUCUGGAACUCAAGUUACUUGAGGAAAAACGAAGCAGGGAGGGGAAAUACUUCGUCUAGCUCCGACGAUGUCUGCUCGAGUGAUCAAAAGGGCUCCCCUUCAUGUCUAAGCCAGACACUCUUCGGAACGAACCCACAAGAAGAGGGGGCGGAUACGGAAAAGUGUGUAUCCACAGGAGGUGUCAGGGACCUGCACCGCGAGGCACACGACACGAGAGAACGAUCGGGAGAAACUGGUGGCGUGGAUGAACAUCGUCACCCCUGUGCCAACGAGAAGCCAAGGUUGGAGGGGACAGACAGUCUCUACUUGUUCUCCUGCCAUCUCAUUGCCGUCUGCCGCAAACCGGUCCUAAACGGAAAGGGCUUCCGCAUGUGCGUCUGCACAGUUAGAGCAAGCAGCAGCAACUCAGAAGAUGGGCAUGAAGUUCAGGAGAUAUCCAAGGUUAGAGAACACUCAGAAGCGGACGACUCGCAAAACGUGCGCAGUGAAACCGAUGCGAAAACUGUCAACUUUCAGCGUUCCCCCUUUUCGACCGCUCGGUGGCCUGUUCACAUUCUCCAGACCGACGCGUCAUGCGCCACAGCACCCCGAGACUACACGGUCCUGCACCUCGUCCAUCUUGGCUGUCGGUCGCUGGGGCCCUGUGAGUGUUGUCCAACCAUUGUGGGCUCGAGCGAGCGCCCUUCUAGACACGAGAAAGUCACCCGAAGUGAACAAAAAGAGGCCAAAGAUGUCACGGCAGGAGGCCAGAGCCCAGGGGGCCCGCGUGUGGCGACCCUGUGCCGAGAGAAAGAGAAGACAAGCCGAGACGAGUCUGAGGGACGCAUGACGAGAACGCAAGAAAACAUCUCGUGUAAAAUCCUCAGAGAGGUGCUGCGUUCUCUGCUUGCGAGGGCGCAAGAUGGGAACCCGGAAGACGACUGCUUGCUGUCUUGCUCCUUUGUUUUCUGUCCUGCCUUGGAGCGCCCUUGCGAGGAUGCGUUUGCCAACCGAUCAAGCAAGCGCUUCGAAGGCUUCCUAAGGGGCUUCAGAGAGGGCCCUCUUAUCCCCGCAGACACUCUUGAGCGACUUAAAAAGAUGGGCUCAUGCCACAGAGAGAAAGGGGAAAAAGACAAGGCUCUAGGUUCCGAGGCAUUACCGGAGCAGAGUGAUCCGGCUGUAGCAUGUGCCGAGACAGAGCCCGUUACAGAGGAAACAGAUGGCGGGUCUGACGAAGAGAAGGUUCGCGAAAAAGCAAGCAACCACAAUGGGGUGAAUGGAGUGUCGGCGCUGAACAGCUCUCCCAUAGAGCGGGCCAAACACUCUGGAGUCAACGAAGAAGACCCUGCGGGGGGACAAUCUUCUGGAACGCUCUCUGCCGUGAGUCUAGCUCUGCGGAAUGAAGAUGGCAGGAAAGAGACUUCUGCUUCUCAGGUGGUUACAGGGGACGCAAAAGCAGAGAACGACGAAGCGACACAACUGAGCACCACAGAAAUGCUCGUCGAAGCGAGCGGCGUAAAGGGCUGCGGGUUCGUGCUUUUGCCCUCUGCCCCUGUUACUCCCUUCUUCUCUUUGUUGUCCGAACCUCUCGUGUGUCGCGACAUCCUUUCGUCUCUCCUUUCCUGUAAGGACACGCUCAACGUGGACGAAAUGGUGCCCAAGCACAUCAUGCAGGGACUGGAGGAAGUGGAAGAGUUUCAAAGGGUGAUAAAUGCUCCAUAUGAACAGCUCGAUAAACUCGGGAUAUCAGUCACUCCCGAAGCCGAAGACGAGCUUCCGGUGAACUAGGUUUCAAGCAGGAGGCGACGGCGGUCCUGACAAGCACCACCUUGCUGUGUUGGGAACCGCCAAACCCGAGGAGGCGAACCCUGGCAAAGUGCCACGCUCGACUGGCCCUCCGUAGUGUCCUGUAUGUUUGACGAUGUUUGUAUAUGAUUAGCUUUUUGUGUUUAGAGCGUCAGCAGUGUCGCAACACAUGUGUGAGAGUUCAAAGUGUAAAAUUACCUGUCGGAAUGCAAAAGGUAAUGUAAGCAAAUGAAGAUGAAAGCAGCGCUUGACUGCAUGUAUUUACGCCGAAAUCUACUCAGUGUGUGAGCUCAGGAUCCACAAUCGGGUGGUAGCUCUGAGUUCGAUAGUAGCCAGCGGCGUUGUAAUGUGUUGACAGAAAUGGCAGAGGCUCGUGAGAUAAGACUGGAGAGACCCGGCUGGCAGUUAUAUUAACGUUCGUGUGUCCGUGUGUUGCGGCUAUCCGGCCU